CGACGUGAGCGUACAGAGUGUAAAGAGCAAGCAAACAAAAACAAAUAUACGUAUUGGCUUUGCAUAUGCGACGAAAUGCGAAUAGGCGAGACCUCGUGAACAACAACGAAGCAAAAUAGCCAGGGAAGACCGACAGACGGACAGACAACAACGAGCCAUGGCCGCGCGAGCGACGACAUAAACGCUAAUAAUAUUGGAAAUUGUAUAAAAAAUAAAUGAAAAUUUAUUAGUAAAGUUAGAAAAAUGGUUUUGUUUAUAAAUUGAGUGAAAAUCUGCAUAUUUUGGUGAAUCAAUUUUUAAUUCAUGGAAACUUGAUUAUUUUGAACAGCAAACCGUAAGCAAAAAAUGGACUAGAAAAAACUAAAACGUCAAAUAUGUACAUAUAAAUUUGUGUGUAUAAAUGUACGUUUGCACUUACAAAUAAGUGAACGAUUUGAUUUGCGAAUCGUGAAGGCGACAAAGUCGACGAAGAAGAGCGAUUUCAAGUAUUGAACAUUAAAAAGUAAAAUUAUAUGAGUACAUAUGCAUAAAACAAUUAUUCUUGCUUAUAUGUACCUAAAUAUUACUAGUGUUGACAGCGUGGAAACGGUGUGGAUUGUAGGCAAAUCGUGGGAAAUGCAUUGAUGGCACCCACUGACAUUCAGUUCUUACAAAGCUUACAAAUAGUAGUUUGCAAAUAUUGGUUUAUUAAUCAGAUUAGAGGAACCAUACUUUUCAAAGCAAUCAUAAAUUUUGCCCUGUAGACUUUAUAAAAGCUUGAAGCUAUAUCCCGGCAAAGAAAUCGAUACAACGCCAUAGUCCUGCUGGUCAGCAGUGACAGCUAUUUCAAGCAGCGGAAGCAACAUACAUACAUAUAUGUAUGUAAAUCACAUAAAGCAGGCUAUUGGACUGUUGGAAAUAAGGAAGAGCUGGCACUCCAUGGUUACGAAUGUAAGCUACUCACGAAACUCAGCAGGUCACGACAAUUGAGAAGAGUGGUAAAAGGAGUGAGUGCGGCUGUAAGAUCACGACAACUUGAUCUUUAGGGCACAAAAUCAUUGAGUUUGAACACAUCAUCAUUCCCAUGAUAUCAUCAACCCUGUAAUGGAGAAAAAUACGCUGGCUGCUGAAGACAGCGUCGACUCAAUACCGGGUCCGGCGUAUGAGCAUAUUGUUGUCACAACGACCCCCUUAGUACCGGCCGUUAAAAGCGGCCUGAUCUCUACGAAUAUUUUGACGGUAACGGAGAUGGAAGAUGCGGAUAUGGAGGAGGAGGACUGUAGUGAAGGUAUCGAAGAAAAUAUGGACGUAGGAUAUGAUCAAGAUGAUCAAGAAGUGAGAGAAGAUAAACAGCAGGUGCCUGACACUGAAGGCGGCAGCUUUGUAGGAGAUGAUUUCAAUGAGUGUGAUGAUUAUAAAGAAAAUGAACGGAACUUGAAGCUAACAGGUCUUAACGCAUUAGAACAAGGUACAGUUGAUAUUGAUGCACAUACUGAGCAAGUAAGCCAAAUUGAUAAUAGUAGUGCAGUCACAGUAACAACAACUUUGGUUAACUCCUUACCCAAGCUGAAUUCACAAACCGAGGCAGUAGUCGAAUCGUCUAUAGAAGGUGUGGGUAUUUGCCCAGUACCGGUGCAAAUUGUUUCCGCAUUGACCGUGAAGCCUAAAAUGUUGCCAAUGAAAACAAAAAAUAAUAAACUUGUUAUGGUACAGAUGAUGAAUGACCAGCCGAUGGACAGCACUCAAGCAGGUGUGCACAGUUCAUCGUCUAGUCGAAUUUCCAAUAGCUCGCGCAGAACAAUCGAUGAGGUUGCUGAGUCUGUUGUCUCAGAUGCAGAUAAACUAAACUCUCCUGGUCAAGAAAAAUCUCCGGAUUCGUUACAAUAUAAUCAACAACAUCAAAACGCACGCUUUCUUGCACGAAGUAGUACACCGUUAUCUCGUGAAUUUCUCGCACUCCAACGUUCUGUGAAUGAAUCAAAGGUCUUGAGUGAAUUUGUAACCGACGCAGUGCGAAAGCGCCAAAAGAGUGCGCCAAAGGAUGCUAAUGAACAAACUUACACGCAACAACAACAACAUCACUAUAAUAAUCAUCAUUACCACGGCGAAAAACAGCGUAAACAUAGCAAAUUCGCUCCUUUGAAAGACGAUAGUGGAAGUUCGACAUCGAGCAACUUGCAGCGACGUUCACGCAGCAAGAGCGUCAAUCGCAAAAGUGAGGAUAUUCUGGAUACCUCAACCGGCAAGCUUAAACGCUGGCCAUCUGAUGAGAAGAUGCUUAAACGCACUAAUAUGCGUUCACAAAAUUCGGAAUUUGUACAGAAACAAAUGGAGUUUUUGAGUCGUGUCAAACAUGAUGAAGGCGAAGUUUCCUCAGAAGCGGAUGAUGGCGAGCGUAGCUUUGUCAAUGUUGGUGAAGAUGAGGAUUUAAAUUUAGUGGUGGUCGAGAAUAAUACAAUGAAUGAUAGCAAUGCAUCGGUUGCUGCUUUUGUGGGGAGUACAAAUUCUUUGCUGGACACAACGUUGGAGCGUGAGGCGCCAGUAAAUAUUGCCACAACGUCUAAUGUAGAUAGUGUAGAGGCACGCUUAAUAAAUUAUUGGGCACCACCUCCAAAGAGAGGUUGGGAUAGUUUUUGCUGGAAAUGUCGUGAGUGUGCCGAUCUAUUUCCGUGUUCCAAAUGUGUGCGCUGCUUCCAUUGUACUUGCAUUAAGGUGACAGCGGCCACAAAAUUAGAUGAUUCAUGGGUAUGCCCAGAGUGCAUGAGUGUGGAGAACGUACUUAAUGGCCCCAAACGUUCUCGUCGCAAUGAGAUGUCCUUAGAUGUGCUGAGUCAGCUUCUUUCGUUUGCUUUGAAACGCAUGAAAAUGGUUAAAGGGUAUUCCAAGUUCCUAUACACCGACAGUUUUCUAUUACAUUACGCCAAGUACAUUGCAAACCCGGUUACAUUCACCACGUUACAGGAGAGAAUAGAGAAACGCGCCUUUCGUUGUUCCGAAGAGUUCCUCAACGAAACAAAAUGGAUACUACACAAUGCUCUCAUCCUUAGCAGUGGCAAAAAUUCAUUUAUUCCAGGCUCUAGUAAAGAGGUGUUCACUGCCAAAGCCAUAUUGAAAGUUUGUCGGCAGGAAACCAAUGAAAUCGAUACCUGCGGCGAAUGCUAUUUGAACGCCAAUACGCGUACUGAUUGGUUUGUGGAUGUUUGCGCGCAGCCACAUCUAUUACUUUGGGCAAAGUUGAAGGGAUUUCCGUAUUGGCCAGCAAAAGCUAUGGGUCCCGGACAAGGACUCUCACAUGUGAAUGUACGCUUUUUCGGCGAACAUGAUCGCGCUUUUGUGCCGAUCAAAGAUUGCUUUCUGUAUUCGGAGCAGGAUCCAAAUACACAAACUGGCAAGCGUUCGGCGCGCGAGCUGGCCGAUUGUAUUAAAGAAGUUGAGGUGCAUAUUGAGAAGAUUAGAAUUAAAGUGGGGGCGUUUAAGUAUGCCAAAUUCAAAACCCCUUACGAACCGACUGAGGAGCUGCAGCAAUUGGAAAUGAUGAUACCCGGUGUUAUGGACUAUAUGAAACGGCAACAGGCAUUGGUGCCGAAACCUUCGUUACAAUACAAAAUUGUUAAGACGGCGGAUAAUCAUUUGUCGAUUAUAAAAAAAGCAUGUACUACAGAGUCGAGCAACGAUUCGGAUCAUUCUGUUAGUCCAAAUAAGAAGUCAAGUAGUAUUACAAGUACAAGUGGCAGUUGUAGUGCUGGUGAUGUCAAGGCAGCCAUAAUUACGCCUAAGUAUGAAGUGGUUAGCAAAGCAAGUUCUGACGAUAGUAAUUCGUCAAAGGUGACCGCCGUCAUUUUGAAACGCAAAUCCUCUAGCGAACACAAAAAAGAGGCUGGAGAAGAGCUGGAGCUACCAAUGCCGAAGGUAAUAAAAUUUGAUAAGGAAGAAACUGAUCCGCGCUUAUUAACCGGUGCCAUUCUUACUGGUAAUGUCGAUGGCAAUGCGGAAACCAGUGUCAAACGUAAGUAUGGCAUGGAUGCUUGUGGCGUAAGUGUAAAUACAAGCGCCUGUAGUGUGGGUAGUGCCACUAAAGUGACUGAUUCAACCGAGCGUCCACGCACGAAGCAUGCCAAGCAUGAACCACGUGUUCCAAUGCUUACGAUUAAAACAAAUGCAAACGCAUUAACAGUAGCAAUUGGUUCCGACAGCAAAGCUGCAACCUCUCUAGCAGUACCUAACUCAAAUUGCUCCAACGUUACAAAAUUGAACGUGGAAGCUAAGAAAACAGCUGGUGUAAAGGAAGAGCUUGCUGCCGUAGUAACGUCGGCACCAUUAUCUUCAUCACCAAAUAAUGCUCAAGCCUUAAUGGAGAACUUAGUUAAGAAUAAGCACGGUGUAACGAUUAAGAAGAUAUCAAAGGAGGGUCCAAUGAGAAAACCCGAUGAAUCUGCAAAGUUGGUAGUGGCAAUGGGCACAGUAACAGAAGAGGCUCCAGCAAACGUUGACAGUGAUGCGAAGCCAGAGGGUGCGGCUACGGAUACUGCAACCGGUAUACAAACAACUAGUUCCACAAAUAGUACUGAUAAUGAUAACGGUAAUGCAAACAAGAGCGCAGAGAGCAGCAACAGCAGCAGCAGUUGUACGAAUAAAACUGAGGACAGUAAAAAAAGUACUACCAAAUCCACCGCAAAUACGCACAUACUAAAAGAUUUGGUUCCUUUUAUUGAGAUAAAGAAAGAAAUUACUUCGGACGAUGAAGCAGACAUGCAAGUAGUGGCCAACAUAAGUGCACAGAACAACAAACAUAUGAACGAAAAAGCGUCCAAGGUCACAACGGAAGCUGUGCCAACAUCAAAAGCAAACGUUGAUACUAAUGCGCAUGUUUCAUUACCUGUGGUUGCAGUGCAGGCUGUACUGCCGAACUUGUCGCUCGUUAAACAAGAAGUAAUGUCAGAUGAGGAGGAACCCACAAUCGCCACAGCUAAUACUGGACAGCAAGAGCUGAACACAACAUCGUCUGGUGGCGAUAAUGCAACCAAUACACCUACUACCGUAUUAACCGAUGCGGUUCGUGUUGGCGAUACUAUGAUCCAACGUGUGAAUGCCAAAAACAAUCGCAACACUCAACCAAGUCUAGUUGCACUCAAAACUCUUGCUCAAGCAAAUCCGGAGGGCGCUACUGCAAUGGAUAUGCCAAAUGCGCAAACGUCGGCUGGUAUCCAUAUAAGUCCCCCUAAUAAACGACCGAAUACUCGAGGUGUGCCAUAUGGUCCAUUACCGUCAUCUGCUGUUAUUCAGUCACAGCCGCCGACACAAAAAAACACAAUAUCAGCAAAUAAUGCAGCGAAUCGCCCUACAAUGCAACAACAACACCAAUUACCCCAGUCAUCCUCACCGCCUCAAGUGCAAUCUCAAUCACAAUCCAUGCAGUCACUUCAGCCGCUUCAACGGGCACGCAAAUCAUUUCCGAAUCGCGUUACGCCUGAUGCUAGUGUAACACGCAAUAACUUUUCCAGCGCACCACUUUCAUCGCCUGCUCUACCGCCGCCGUCUACAUCGCCCUUAGCAAAUAGUAAUGACUUGAAACGGACGCUCUUGAAGAACAGUAUGGUCUCCAUACCAAGACAAGCUUGGUCGCCGCAUGAGCCUCCACGAAAUGCCACCGUUAGUAGCAACAAUACCACCACACAUUCUAUACCAGUGCCACCUCUUACCGCCGUCUCCAAAACACCCGCAGUGGUUGCGGUGUUAAGUGACAACAAUAAUGCCGGUAGCACAAACAACAAUAAUAACAUGUUGGUUAACACGAAUCCCAUACCGAAUGUUGCCAUCAAUUCCGCGGCAAUAGUGACACCAUUUGUCACUUGCAAUGGCAGUAUUGGUCCAAACGGAACUGCUCUACUUACUCCACUCACUAUGUCAGCACCACCGCCUUUGGCGGGUCUAUCUCAACCAUCGUCUAAUAUGUUGACACCUACGGUAGGAGCUGCUUUGUGUUCAAAUAUACCUAUGAUUGGCAACAACAUUCAUGGCAGUAGUGGUAACGCUGUCGUGUCUAUAUCCUCAGCAGUUGAACUGCCUACACCACAAGCGGUAGGCAUUCCUAGUAACGCAAUCAACGCGGCCAGCACAUCCAGUGGUGAUAUUGUAACAGCUAGUUUAACAUCAAUGGUUACGGAUGCGAUUUGCCGAGGUCCACCAAGGUUGAUGCAACGUCCUAACGGUCCAUUAAAAUCGGAUGGCACGACUAUGUUUCCCUCACAAGCGGGUCCGGUGUGUCAGACGCUGGUAGAGAAUGCGCAUAAGUUAACGGACUUCUUUAUAUCUGUUAUGGAGGACACCAUGUUAGAGAUGUCCGAAGGCGAUGAACCCGUUUUACAAGCUAAAAUAACAAUACUAAAAAUAGAGCUUGAGCGCACUAAGCAAGCGUAUGAACAAGAAAUUGCCGAACUCAAACGCACCUCUGAUUUGAUGCUCUCCGAAAUGCGUAAAAGCAUGGAGAACGAGAAAACACGUAUUUCCAACGAGAUACGCAAGCAAUGCGAGCAAGAACGUUUGAGAUCCAUUGAGGAAACUAAAAAGAAGCAGUGGUGUUCAAAUUGUGGCCGAGAGGCACAGUUCUAUUGCUGUUGGAAUACAUCGUAUUGUGAUUAUCCCUGCCAACAGAUGCAUUGGUCGCGUCAUUCGGCCACUUGUGCACAGACACGACCAACUAUUGCUAGCGCUAGCGAUAGUUUGGCGAAAACCGUUAGUACCAUGACGACAACGGUAUCGGCAAUGGGUCUACAACAACAACAACAACAGCAACAAAAUGUUGGUUGUGGUAGUAAGAAUUCCAAUAAUAAUAUGAUGGCCGUCACAACAACAACUUCAAUGUCUGGGUCACAACAAUCUCAAUCAACACUGUAUAACAAAAACACAAUGAACAACAAAAAGGAUAAGCACGGUGCAUCGAAAGUAAGUCAUCAGCAAUCCGCCUCAAAUUCGUCUACUCUCGGCAGUUCCUCUAACAACUCGAUGAGCUCAAUUGCCGCUGCCAAUGCUGCUGGCGUAGGAGUGGCCUCGGGGGCAGCAGCGGAGUUAUUGAAAUUGCCCUCUAAUACAUAUUUGCGCACGGUGCCGCAGUGUAGCAAUGCUGGGAAUAGUAAUAGCGGCGGUGGAAAUUUACGUGGCUCAACGUACUCCGUGCAACGCGUCAAUAUACCGCUGCCCAUUACUGCUUUGGUACAACGCGGCAAUAGCUGGGAACUCACCAGCGCAGCUCCCAAUAAUAAUGUGGGUGCCGCCAAUAUGGCCACAAUAACCGCGCCAGGAUCGAAUGUCACACAGGCUAUGACUCAGUUAACAUCUCAGCAACAGCAGCAACAACAACAACAUCAUCAACGUAUGCUUAGUGGCGGUGGCAAUGGAAAUAUCAGUGGUGGUGCAUCAUCGAAUAUGUCGGCGUCAAGAAGUAAUUCGCGCAACCGUGCGGCUGCUGCAGCGUUGCAACAAACAAUGGCCACCAUGCAUAGCGCAGCUAGCGGAGCGGCAACAUCGAUGUCUUGUGGCAUGCUACGACCGACGCAGAUGUGAUGAUGAGCCGAGGACGCGUGUUCAAAUGUCGGCAAGCAAGAAGUAACAGCGUCCACACAAAAUGUAAUACCAAUGAGCCGCAGCUGCAGCAAUAAGAAAAGCAGCAAAGGCGCAGGAAAACUUAAGAAAACUGCAACUGCGUUGCGUGCUAAAAUGCAAAGUGCAGUAACAAAAGUAGCAGCAGCUGCUGCAGUGACGAAGAAACAUUCAUUAGCGACAAUGGUCGAAAGUUCGCCGCUUUCCAUUACGCUUGUGAGGAAAUGAAGUUAAUUUUUUGAGGAAAAAAUUAAUGUAUGCGUAAAGUGAGAUUCUAAAUUGGUAAGAAGUGCGUUCGCUUUCAAUUACUUGCCUUCAUUACACAAUUUACAACAAUUACAACGAAGUGCUGGGCACUCGAAUAUGUUUUCAAUUUGACAUUUUGCUUAAGUUUUCCCAUUUACCAAGUAGUUUUAAGACUUGUAAAUAAAGUUUAGUUUAGUUAGUAAUGUAAUUGAAUUUCAAAUGCCCUUCUAUGGGUAAUGCAAAUAGCUGCAGUGUUGCGGCUCAAGUGCGCAAUUAUCUCUAGUAAAAAUGGAAUUAAAAGUAAAUAUAUAUAGCUAUAUUUAUGUAUGUAGUUAACUAUACUCGAAACAUAUGCCUACAUAAUAAGUUGUAUAAAUUAUAAAUUUACAUAUGUUUAAGUAACUUUAAAGUAUUGUUCCAUUUGAGAAUUAUAACAGUGAAGUACAUAAACAUAUAUAUAGCAGCAUACUUGUAUAUAAACCAUAUAUAGACGUACCGUACAUGAAUUCAUAAAAUCAUAUCUGCAAAAA